UUCUUUCCUGAUUGAUUCAGCAGACAUAGUUCAGACAGUCAACAUCGUUCAGACAGUCGACAUAGUUCAGACACGUGACAAAGUUCAGACAGCUGACAUUGUUCAGACAGUCGACAUAGUUCAGACAGUCGAUAUAGUUCAGACAGCCGACAUAGUUAAGACAGCCAACAUGGUUCAGACAGCCGACAUAGUUCAGAGAGUCGACAUUGUUCAGACAGUUGACAUAGUUCAGACAGCCAACAUAGUUCAGACAGCUGACAUAGUUCAGACAGUCGACAUGGUUCAGACAGUCGACAUAGUUCAGACAGCCGACAUGGUUCAGACAGCGGACAUUGUUCAGACAGUCGACAUAAUGAAGACAGUCGACACGGUUCAGACAGUCGACAUAGCUCAGACAGUCGACAUAGUUCAUGCUGUCGACAUAGUUCAGACAGCUGACUUAUUUCAGACAGUAGACAUAGUUCAGACAGUCGACAUAAUUCAGACAGUCGACAUAGUUCAGACAGUCGACAUAAUUCAGACAGUCGACAUAGUUCAGACAGCCGACAUGGUUCAGACAGCCGACAUACUUGUACAGGCAUUAUUUCAUCGGACUAUAUCAAUUUACAAUGUACGACUACCGAUCAAUAGAGCUGCAUCUUCAUCGUGUGCUUCUGUUAUACAAGCCGGGACUGUUUCAAGCAGAAGUCUUCAAUAAGGAAAGGCAAGAAGUCCGGCUCCAAGGAGGAAACCAAGGCAUUUAUCAAGGAAGAAAAGGAGGCCGUCCCUUAACUUUUACCCUCAUCCUAAGAACUAAGCAUUUUUGUUUGGAGUUUACCUUACCUCUAUUCUUUGUAUGGUAUACUUGAUAGGUGAUGUUGAUAACGUUUUGAAAAUGUGAAGAUUUUGACAUUGAGGAUUUGAAAUAUCAAUUAAAUAUUUACAGUGGACCUUCUUUAAACGGGACUCUCCUUAAUCAACAUCUGUAAUGAGACAUUUGUAAUUUGUUCCUGGAGAAUUCAAGAAGUGAAUUAUCUGAACAUUUCUGCUUUUUGUAUGUUUAAUUUUCUAAUCCUCAUUUUCCAAGUAUGUUUUCCAAAAGGUAAUUCCUCUCUAUAGUGCCGUCAUAUAGCUGAGAUAUUGCUGAGUGCGGCGUAAAACACCAAACAGCCAACAACCUCUCUAUAAAUUGUUUGAUAGGCAUUACUAUACAUACUAUACAUGUAUUACUAUACAUCUCUAUAGUCAGGUUUAAUCUUUCUACUGGUUGUAUUUGAUAUUUUCUCUGUACCUUGGUAUUGACUAGAUAUCUUCAGUUACCGCUAUGGAAGGUACACUGUACACUUUUUUGGAUAAUCGGGAUCUAAACUGUUUUAAAACCCUGCCAUUUUUGUACACCCAGCUGUAUAUAUUUUGGAUUUGUGAAAUACAUCUAUCUAAAUGAAAGUCAUUUUGGGUAAUAUAUGUCUUAUAGUGCGUCCAUCAUGUUUUAUACUGAAUCGAUGUACAUGUAUUUGAAUAGUUACAUUAUCUGCAUCAAAUGUAUAAGUGUUGUUUAUAUUGUCUGUUUAGGAAUUCGAUGUAGGGUACUGCGUGUUCUCUUUACUUUGUGACCAUACGGAGACCACAUUGUAUUUUUAGUUUUAAUAAGCACCUUGUUAAUGCUUUACUCGGGUAUGUCACUUCCUUAUUCUUUCAUUGUCACUUUUUGGUACAGAUGCUGGAACUGGAUGAGAGUCCAUACGUCAACUACAUCUCUAUAGAUACUACAUCAUCUAAAUGCCGUUUGAAGAUAACUUUGCGUGUGUAAUGCCACGUUCGUUUGAUUUCAUUUCAUUUUAAA